UGCAUCACACUGAUACCACAGACAGAGAGAGAGAGGGAGGCAAGAAAAGAGGUGCAGGAGGAGAGGACGGCGAGAAACUCUCCAAACUGGACAAAGUCGAGCGAGUAAACAAAGAAAGACAAAACAAAAGGAGGUGAAAGGGGAACCGCAGGUGGAAAUAAAAGGAGAAGUUCCUGAAAAGAAGUGCCACGAAAAGGGUCAACGCAGAGCAAAAGAAAGGUGAAGGGGAGCAGAGCCAAAGCAAGCAGAGAGGAAGAGGAGGAGGAAGGAACGAAGAAGAGUAGUAAUAAAGGAAGAAGGUGGAUAGCCACAAGAGGAGGUGAGACUUUAGCCAACGAGGAAGAAGAAACUCAGAGAGGAGGGUGAGUGGAGGAGGCGAGGAAGGAAAGGAGGAAACACCAGAGGAGGAGAGAGGAGUGGUGGCAGACAUCAAAAGAAUAGUGGAGCACAGAGAGAAGAAGAGAAAAGAGGUGAGGAAAGGAGGAGGAGAGGAGGAGGACCUGCGGUGUCAUCAUGGAGGAGGACAUCAGGAAAAAGGGGGUGCUGCAGCUGCAGCAACAGAGAUUUGGAAAGAAGUGGAAGCGUGUGUGGUGCGUCCUGUACAGAGAAAGCUCCUGUUCGAUUUCCAGACUGGAGUUCUAUGAGUGUAAAGAUGGAGGAAGUGUGGAGAAGAACGACAAAAGUCUACGCAAACAGCAAGAAAACAAGAAGGUGAUCCGUAUGGCCGACUGUAUCCGGGUGUCGGAGGUGGAGAUAGACUGUCCCAGAGACACGGGACCCUUCCUGAUCGAGACCACAGAGAAGAUCUACGUAUUUGCUGCAGACAGACAACAUCUGGAUGACUGGGUACACAAACUGUGCGAGAUCGCUUUCCCGAUGAGUUGGGCGGAGCACAGUGUGAGGAAAGGCAGCCUGCAGCGAGGAAACAGAGUGGAUGAAGAUGAAGGAAUGGAGGACAACUCACUGUACGGCGGCAGAGAGACAGUGCGUGACUUCAGAGUGUGCGUUCGGAGGACGGAGGCGUCUGAUCGCUGCAGGCUGAAAGGAGACGGCGUCCUGCGAGCAGGCUCAGACGCUCUUCAACUGAUCGAUAAGGCGGGAGACGUCCUGUACACCUGGCCGUACAGAUACCUGCGCCGCUUCGGACGAGACAAGUGCUCCUUCUCCUUCGAGGCCGGGCGGAGGUGUGACUCUGGCGAGGGGAAUUUUGAGUUUGACACCAAACAGGGGAACGUCCUGUUUCAGGCUGUGGAAGCUGCCAUCGACCUGCAGCGGGUCUCCCACCCCCACAGGCAGACUUCCGGGGGGGGCCAGGUGAGUCUAGAGAACCCCCAGGACCUGAACCUGCCCCCCUUGCCCCUCAACCCACCCCUGGUCCAGAGCAGGAUGCCACUGAUGCCUCAGCCCUGGAACCACAUGCCACAAACCCCUGCUGCUCAGGCAGCUGACGGCGUGUACAGCAUGGUGACGGAAACGCCAAAUCUUCAGAUGAUUCAUCACAAAGACAGAGAGAGCGCCACUCCUCCACCACAUCAACAGCAACAUCGCCCCUCGCUGGCUCGUCUGGAGCCCCCGGUCGACAAAACGCUGACCGGUGUGAAGAGUUUGACCCUGGACACUCGCGGCGUCCCCAUCCCCCGCAAGAACCAGGUCAAGAUGAUCUCCAGCUGCCCUCUGCCUGGCCCCGAGCCCGGCCCGGCCCCGGGCCUGUCCCCCGUCCCCACCCCCAACCCCCGCCUCAGCCCCAAACUGAGCUCCACCCCGGAUGAGACGUACUCCCAGAUCACCCUGCCGGCCGCCGUAGAUCGAAGCACCAAGAGGGAGAAGAGAGGUGGCGGCGGCGUGCCUCCCCCCAGCGCCUCCCCUCUUAUCCCCCAUGAUCCAGAGUACUCCCUUCCCUUCGACACCAUCGCCACGAACGUCAUGGCCGACAUCUUGAACACCCAUCCGACUGGCGCAGCUGACAGCGGCGCCGACCCGCUCUACGACAGCAUCGACGAGUUGAAGAUCAGAAACCUCUUCCUGAGCAACGCCGACGCUCUCAGGCCGCCGUACGAGAAGGUGGAGCACAUCUACGACGAGCCCGAAGGCUGCGCCAUGCCGAAACCUCCCCCCUCCGUGUACGACGACCCUGAGGAGAUGCGAGGAGACGCGUGGAAGAUUAUGGGUACAGCUGCUGACCCUAAAGGUCACGAGUACCCGUACAACCCCCGGGUGGACGACUACGCCGUGCCCAAACGACCUCAGAGGGUGUUUCCUGUUGCACAAAACACCAACGAAGAUGAAGAAGAUGGGGAGGAGGAGCCAGAAGAGGAGGAGGAGGAGGAGCUGAGGGAGGGGCCGCUGGAUUCACCGUACAACAACGUGAUGGUGAAGAUGGCGUGAAGAGGACACAGGAAGCGCAUCCAGAGCGUCAGCUGUGAGCAUUAACCUGAGCUGAGGACUGAAUCUCUGGCUGAUCCGCUGUGUUUUCUUUCUUUACGGUUUAUCAGUCCACCAUCUCUAAGGACGGGAGCGGUCAGCGGCUUCUUCUAAUAAAAUAAAGUAAUCCAGCAGAGAAACGUCCGUACAGGUGCAUCAAUCAGCAGCUUGUUACGACACACAUUUAGAUUUUUAGUUAGGCGGCGACCCCUAGUGGCAGAAGAAGUCAGGUGACGUAGUAUAAAGAGCCGUGUGGUGCGGUGGAUGAGUCAAGUAGACUUUCCCUCAGGAGACCAAGGUUCAAGUCCCGUGUGAAAGAAAGUGAAAGGUUAAGCUAAAUAACGUUUAACUUACAUUAUUUUUACCCCAAACCACCGUCUUUCCCUAAAUCUGACCAAACUCCCGCCGUUUCACAGCCGUUACCUCGUGUUAAAGCUUCAGCGUGGAUGUUUUAGUGGCAUCUAGUGGUGAGGGUUGUGUAUCGCAGCCUAACGGCUCACUCGCCACUUUGUAAGCGCGCAGGAGAAGCUGCGGUGGUCGACACGCUCUGUCGGCUCUGAGCUAAAUAACACGUGCGGUCCUCCAUUUGUCCGUGGCGGUGUAAGAGGAGUCUCAUUCUACGGUAAUAAAAACAUCAGGGUUCAUUCUGUCAGGUCUUUACACACCACUGAAAACACAGUUAUGCAGAUUAUUUUGCAUUUCUCUCAACAGAUCCUCCUAAAUGUUACACACUGAACCUUUAAACGUCACGUGACCUCCCUAACAUACUGAGGUCCGCCUGUCGCUGGACCGGUACGUGCCGACAGUACCAGAGCUGUACUGGGAUCAGUUCUUGUGAAGUAGAGUUUGCUCUCGGUGGCCCUCUCUGUUUAAAUAAAGGUCAUAAUAAAAAUAAAAUCAUUUAAUAGUCCCCUCUCACAGCGUCGUGUUUCCUCUUUAUCUUCUCGGUUUCAUUUCUGACAGCAGAGCUUGUCGGUGAAAACUUAAUAUUAUUAAUAAUAACUUUAUUUGUAAUGAACCUUUAACACAAACAUGCAGCUGAACAUGCUAAACUAAGCUAAACAAGAUCAAGUAUAACAAAAUGAUAUUAUAUAUAUAUAUAUAUUAUCACUGCCAGCUAAAUGCUCUCAGAUGUCAGAGCGUCUUUAAACGCAGCACCGUGGUCUCAUCAGUAUUUAUUUAUGUUCAUAAGACGCCAUAAAGUUUGAUUUGGGAGUUUCUGGAUAUUGUUUGAUGGAUCUGACCUCAGGUCUGUUUCAGUCAGUUCCUCCAGCAGAGGGCAGCAGAAGAUCUGCAGAGACCAGAUCCACGUCUGAAGUUAUUUUAUUAUGUUGUUGUAUCAUUAAACUGUGAACUGAAGUUCGUACGACCCUCCUCUGUGUUUAUCCUGUGAGUGUCUGUGUGCAGAUGUUUCACAGCUGCCUGUAAAUCUGAAAUAAAUCCUCAUGCAUUGUC